AUCAGCACCAAGUCUAUCUCCAAACUCCACACCUGUACAAGCACUCUUUGUAUACACAACCAGCAAAAUGUCUUUCACCACCCUUUUCACUGCUGCCCUUGUCCUCAUCGCCCCGGCCCUCGUUGCCGCUGCCCCUGCUGCUGAGCCUGCGCCCAGCGUUAAGUCUCAGAACUUCGGCGCCCCCGGUGGUGGUAAGUACUAAUUCAUACCGUUCUGUGAAUGCUCACUAUGUGGGCCCAUCUCUCCUGUCCGUGUUUUACGUGACCUCGUCCUCAUCCUCAUCCUUAUCUCGUUUUUCAUCAUCAUCUUCAUCCUUUUUUCCUUCCUCUACUCUUCGCUUGUCUCGUUUUCAUUUCCAUGGGCAUUAUACUGAAUAGCAUCUCCCAUCUAAUAGCUUACCCCUGGUAAAUUAUUUACCUCCCAAAACCAACACCCUCUUUAUCGUAUCCGAAGGAUGUGCAAAUACACGAGCGACGGAGCAUAGAGGUUAGAGGCAAUGGAGUACGAGGAGUAGUAUGAGGAGUAGUAGUAGAUCAAGGACGCGUUCGUAGAUAGUUCGUAUGUAUCCGAUGUCGUCGUAAGCAUCGUGUCUCUAUCAUCUCUGCAAUUUUGAC